AUGGGUUUGCGGAGGAGCGUAAACGCUCUCGCGCAUAAGGGAGUUUAUUUUGCGGGUCGCUACCUAAAAAUGGGAGAACACAAGAUUAGCAAUUCUGCGGGGAGCGAGGUGGGAGGCGCCCAAACAAAGAGAAAACGUUCCGGCCUCAAAAGUGUUACGGGUGACGCGUUGCGUAAUCAGAAGAGUUCUGGUGACAAAGUUCCAUUACGGAUCAUCACAUUGGGAUUCUUACUCGUCUUGCUCGUAGUAGCAGCAAGUUUCUUCAAGAAGUUUACCGGCGCAGAUUCUCCAAAAUGCCGGUCCAUUUAUAUGUAUCCAUCAUACGCUCGGAUUGACGGAUUCGAUGAAAGGUUUACGAAGCUUGCCAAAAAAUAUCAUCUGUAUCUGUACAGGGAGCAGGGGAAGGAUCGUGAGCCUCUGGAAAAUAACCUGAUUCAGCUUGAUGGAGUUCCUGUCCUUUUUAUUCCCGGUAAUGCAGGUAGCUUCAAGCAAGCAAGAUCAAUUGCUGCUGCGAGUGCCGAUAUGUAUUUCGAUGAGCCUGAAUUGAUCGAUAACCACUGGACCAAAAACCUGGACUUUUUCACUGCAGAUUUCAAUGAGGACUUUACAGCGUUUCAUGGCAGGUCGCUUCUUGAUCAGGCAGAAUAUCUGAAUGAUGCUAUAAAGUACAUUCUCUCGUUAUAUUCAGCUAACGAAGACCGAACCGAACCACAGCCCCAGUCGGUACUUGUACUUGGUCAUUCGAUGGGAGGCGUCGUUGCUAGAGUCAUGCCGACACUGAAGAACUUUGUGCCGGAGUCGAUUAAUUCCUAUAUUACGCUUUCAGCUCCUCAUACUGCUUCCCCGGUUACCUUCGACGGGGACAUGCUGAAGAUUUAUGAAAGCACUUCUAAAUUUUGGAAAAGCCAGUUCAGCGACAAUUCCAGCUUCUUUUCUCAGAACGUGUCUCUCAUCUCAAUAACUGGUGGUGUGCUCGAUACUACGUUGCCUGCAGACUUGACGUUGGUUGAAGACAUUAUACCUUAUUCAAAUGGGUUUACUACUUAUACAACAACGAUACCUCAGGUGUGGACCCCUAUUGACCACCUUGCGAUUGUUUGGUGUGACCAAUUGAGAAAGGUGCUUGCAAAGCUUUUGCUGGAAACUGUUGAUGUGCACUCGUCUUACAAGAGUCGUCCCCUAAAGGAGAGGAUGCGCUUCUAUCGCAAGAGCCUUAUAUCAGGGCUAGAAGACUAUGCUGUCCAAGACUUGAAGAUAGAUGAUAGGUCAGAGAGCUCUUACAAACCUUUUGAACUUCCUGAUGAUUUCGAGGAAAUGGUAACGGGCGAAAAGCUUAUUUUAACCCGGGAGACUGCCGAAGCCCACAGACUCCUUAACUUAUUCAAAAUUCCUACCAACAAGAAAGAUUACCAAUUUUCCUUGUUGACAAGCAUGGCCCCUCCCGAAGUAUUUUUUUGCCAAAACAAUAUUGUCAGAGCCAGAAUAGAUGACAAGCUCGAGGAUACAAAGUUCGAAUGCGUCUCAGCAAAGGAUGACUUUACUAGAAUACCUAGGUCAACGAAGGAUAGUUUGUUUCCCUCAGACUCCUCUGUGGGCGAACCUAUGAGCCCAUUUUACUUGCUUAAGAUAAACGGUGCGGUGCUUUCCCGGUUCGAGUUCGUGGCUUUUUCGGCGCCCGAAGGCUUUGUUCAUGAUGAUGACUUUUUAAUUGCAGAAAUGAAAGCCACAAAUUCAACACGCUCCUUGGGCGAUAACCCGCUAACGGUGCUUUUAAAAAGUUUGAUCAAAAGAAAGGUACGUAUUGAUACGUCGUUUUUGAUCUCGACUAUCUCUUUCCCCAAUUUAUGGUCCUCAGUUAUCUCUUACCGCCUCAAGACCACAACGAUUGGAGAGAACCUCAUAUUUGAGCCUCUAAUAAGACAGUUUAUUGAACUGCCCUUCGAAACGAAGUGGCAUGUGAAUCUAAAGCAAGGCCCACAGGAUGUCAAUUUUCAUAAUGUCGCGCCCUUUAUUCCUUCAAACUCAUCAAACGAUAGGUCACUCAAGUUAGAUUUCAUAUCCCCGCCUGGAUGCGAGAUGACCAUGAGCCUGGAGAUCAACUGGGCGUUGACAAUGAAAAUGUUGCUCAUUAGGUUCAGGCUCACCAUUGCCGCGUUCACAGUGGGGCUUGUGUCACUGGUGGCAUUCCUACAGUAUUACCAGUACAACCAGACAGGGCAAUUUUUGGCAUUUGACGCCGCCUUGAAGCUUCUGUUAAGCAAGUACUGGGUGUUGAUUCUCGCGCUAGCGAGCUUGCUAACACCCUUGUACAGUUUUUUUUGUUUGGAAAAGUUAAGCAACAUCACGAAGUUUGCGGACCGAACACGACCAACGAUGUCUGCUUCUCACUCUUGGGCUUCUAAUACGUUUUUCCUUGGAAUUGAUGAGCUUUUUUUGUGGUGGCUAGGACCUGUCUUUUUUUUGAUGACGGUCUCAUCCGUAUACCUACUCUUUCGGCUUAUAACAAUGGUUGAGGCAGCAGCAAGAGUAGCUUUCUCGAAAGUGCUGCCUUUUCGCAGAACUGUUGAGGUUAGCUCCAUUGCAAAUGAGGCAUCUAGCAACCGCCAGUUCAAUUUGCGGCAGUUUGCAGGCGCGCUGAUCCUAGUGCUAGGCGUUGUAUUCUACAUCCCGUACCAAUUUGCCUUCAUUAUCCUCACGGUUGUCCAGUCAUUGUUCUGCUUAAAAAUCGCGGUCUCUGCUGAAGAGGGCAUCAAGAGGAACGUAGUGAAUUAUAACAAUUCAGUGCUCCUACUGAUGCUACUUUUACUACCUAUUAAUGCGCCAAUCGUCAUGGUCUUCAUGCGUAACUUCGCAAUAAGAUGGGAGACGCCUUUUAGGUCACACCACAAUUGCCUUGCCAUUUUGCCCAUAAUACUUCUUAUAGAGAGCAAUGCGCGCUCACGAAUCCCAUUAAGAUCCUUAACUAAUAACCUCGUCAGCCUUGCAAUACUUGGGUGGCUUUUGCAUAUGUCGCUAUACAGCUUCAUUUUCGGAACGAGGAACCUCUACUGGCUCCAUUACCUUUUCAAUUCACUAUGCGCCAUGCUGUUUCUGAAAACUUUUGCAUAA